CUACUCUUUUCUUGUCAUUUUUAUAGGUAAAAUUAGUUUGUUUCACCAUUUACCAACAUUAUACUAAAUUAAAUUAUUAGCCUCGAUCUUAUAAAUCACCCUCUUACUUAUAUUUUUUUUAUGUUGAAUUGUUUUAUACUUCAAAAACUCACAACCCUUUUAUAAAUCUUGAACUUUUAACUAAAAAUUUCAUAUUUUUUUGUGGUUGAAUAAUGGCAUUGAAGCAUUUGCAUGAGCUUUUAGAAGAAGAUCAAGAACCAUUUUACAUUGCUAAUAAACGUUUUCAUGAUCAAACACCAGCAUCUAAAUUAUGCAAAAAUACUUGUUUUUUCUCUUUUGGAGAAUCACCGGAGUUAAGAAAGUCCCCUUUGUGUUUAUCUUCGCCGGCGCCGGCGAAGAGCCCGGAAAUUGAGAAAUUUGUUCUUAAUGUACCUGCAACAACAGCUGCUCUGCUUCUUGAAGCUGCAAUUAGGAUUCAAAAACAACAGAGUUCAUCAAAAUCGAAAACCCAAAUCAAAAAGGUGAAAUUUGGGGGUUUUGGGUCUAUUUUGAAGAAAUUGAAGAAUCGAAAUAGCGAUAAAAAUGGUGAAAAAAGUUUUACAUGUUCGUGUAAUAAUAGCAGAGUUAACACUGAAAUCAAUGAAGAGAAGCUAAUGGAUUUUGGUUCGUCUCCGUUAAGUCCUUUUAGAUUUUCUCUUCAAAGAUGUCCGUCGAGCUCCGGCGAACUAUUGCCGGGAUUCACAUCUCCGGCGGCUUCUCCGGUGUAUCACACGAAAGAGGACAAUGAAAAUUAUGAAACAAUUUUAGGGUUGGCAAGUAUUGACCAACUAGAAGAAGAAGAUAAAGAGCAAUGCAGUCCAGUUUCUGUAUUGGAUCCUCCAUUUGAGGAGGAGGAUGGACGUGAAAACGAGGACGAGGAUGAGGAUGAGGAUGAGAAUCUCGAUUGCAAUUAUGCACUUGUACAAAGAGCACAACAACAACUUUUGUCUAAGCUUCGUAGAUUCGAGAAAUUGGCUGAACUAGAUCCAAUUGAACUCGAAAAAAUAUUGCUCGAGGAAGAAGAAGAAGAAGAAGAAGAAGAUCGCGUAGAGGAAGAGGAAUAUCAAGUUUCUAACUUGAUUUUUGAGGAAAAGAUUGAAGUUAAAAGCUUGAACUAUGGAGAAGCCGUUUUUGGAAGAGAAUGCAAGAAGAUAGAUUUAUCAUCGCAAGAAUUAAGAUCAAAUAACAUCGAUAUGAUGGUAAAAUCGAAUUUGAAAAAUGAGUUUGAUGAUUGGAAUGAGUUUAAAGAUCAAAGAGAAGAAAUCGCGAUAGAAUUUGCUUUUUCUAUAUUUGGAUUGUUAGUUGACGAAUUAGGAGAGGAGCUAAUUCAUUUAGCUCACUCCUAAUUGAAAAAAAAAAACGUGAAUUUCUAAUGAACGUUUCAUUGGAUUUCUAAUGAAAAAUCCGUUAGAAACAUUCAUAAAGAGUAUAACACCAAUAAAUCCUUUGGAAACUUAA